AUGGAAAGCAGCAAGGUCAUCUCAACUGACAAACCUACAGUUGUCAUCGAAGUAAAUCCACAGGUGAUACAAGACACUGUUAUUUUUGUUGAUGGACACGAGGCCGGAGGAAAAAAUCACAAUACGGCUCUUAAAGGAUUUUUCAAAGCACAACCAAAGGCACUGGGGACUGUCCAGAUAAUGAUUGGAACGAUGGUCUUCAUACUUGGUAUUGUACUUACCUCCAGUGUCUACAAUUAUUCUGCGAUUCUUGACUAUAGUGGCAUAAACUACUGGGGGUCUCUUAUUUACAUCAGUGCUGGCUCUUUGUCUGUUGCUGCGCAGAAUAAACAUCAUCCAUGUGUGGUGAAAGCUUCUCUUGGAAUGAAUGUGUUCAGUGCCAUAACUGCAGGGAUGGCCAUUCUUCUGAUGGGCAUACAAUUAGCUAUAAUAUCAAUGGAUCAUCCAAGUUUAUAUGUUGAGUAUUUUACUAUGCGGGUCAUUGGAAUAUUGCUGGCAUUCACCAUUCCUCAGUUCAUCAUCUCCAUCUGUAUCUCAGCAUUUGCCUGCAAAGCCGCCUGCAACAAAAACUCUACAGUGGUCAAUGUGGACUAAACUAGGUAAAUGAUUUUUCCCUGGUAAAAAUAAAGUGUACUUGAAUGCUCUAAAAACUACUUAAAUACAAGCAAGUACAUUUGUAGUACAUUCUUAUUUUUUGUGUUAAAUAAAACUGUAAAUGUUAUACACUAUAAAUACACUCAUUAAAAGUAUAUUUCUACUUCAGUAGUAACUUCCACUAAUAGUAGCAAAAACCACUGAUAUUUAAACUGAUUUUUAGUACAUUGAAAUAAAGUUCAAAUACCACAUAAAUAUACAGAGGACUUUUAUUAGUGUAUUUCUUAAAAGUGUGCUUUGAAUGAUUUAAAAAUAAGUUCAAUGUUAAUACACUUUUAUAUAGUUAUCCUAAGUUUAAAUUAAAUUGAUUAUAUUUAAAAUAUAUUAGUAAUGUAAUAGUUAUAAAUACAUUUUCCUAACUGUGCUACUUAAGUACAUUUAAUAUAAAUACACUAAUAACACUUGC